AGCAGUCUGGCCGUCCCAGCGCCGCCCGCAGGAGCUUCCAAGUUCACAAACCGCUGGCUGUGUUUGGAUAGUUUGGAUAGCUGUCCCACGGAGUCAGAUACCACAGCCUCAGCGUUGUUACAGUUGUUGUGCUUUGGAUGAACACACGGACUCCAGGUCAACUUUCUGUUUUUGUUUUCGGGCCUCUAACAUUUGAGCGUUUAAACUUUCUUUUGUUGCUUUCUGUCUUUGUUUCUGUGUCCAGAGUGAUUUCUGUGGAUGGCGAGGUCCAUCUAACCAAGAUGGACACGGGCUGUCUGCCGGUUGAAGACUAGAUAACGGCUUCUCAAACUAAAUGUAGACUUUAUUUUUUUACGCGUGUUUAUCGUGUUUAUCCGUGAACUUUGUAGUCGCCCCAUUUCCAUCCCGGGGGUGGGGGAUCAAAAUCCUAUAAUGAACAUUUUCCCACUGGAGUUUCGGUAAACUUUUCCCACGACUCGCCAUGUCGGGAGUGGUCCGCACCCUGAGCCGCUGUCUGCUCCCGGCCGAGGCCAGCCGGGACCCCGUCGGCAGCAAGGAGAGGAGCCGGGAGAGAGACGCGGCGCAAGAGCGGGAGGCGAGGCGCAGGAGUCGGGAGAUAGACGCGAUGAUCGCCCGGGAGAGGAGAGCCAUUCGGCGGCUGGUGAAGAUCCUCCUGCUCGGGGCCGGGGAGAGCGGAAAGUCCACAUUCCUCAAACAGAUGCGCAUCAUUAACGGGCAGGAGUUUGAUCAGAAGGCACUUCUGGAUUUCCGGGACACAAUCUAUGAGAAUAUACUGAAGGGCAUGCGUGUGCUGGUGGAUGCCCGCGACAAGCUGGGUAUCAGCUGGCAGAGCUGUGAAAAUGAGAAGCAGGGCAUGCUGGUGAUGUCGUGGGAGGGCCGCGUAGGCGCUUCGGGGGUCGAGCCCAGUGAGUUCCAGCUGUACGUGAUGGCGCUGAGCGCGCUCUGGGCGGACGCCGGCAUACAGGAGGCCUACACGAGACGCUCCGAGUUCCAGCUGAGUGAGUCGGUCAAAUACUUCUUGGAUAACUUGGAUCGUAUUGGACAACUGAGCUACAUUCCCAGCAAGCAAGACAUUUUGUUUGCGAGGAAGGCGACUAAAGGGAUUGUCGAGCACGACUUUGUCAUCAAAAAGAUUCCCUUUAAGAUGGUGGAUGUUGGAGGGCAGCGGUCCCAGAGGCAGAAGUGGUUUCAGUGCUUCGACGGGAUAACCUCGAUACUCUUCAUGGCCUCGUCGUCGGAGUACGACCAGGUCUUGAUGGAGGACCGCAGGACAAACCGUCUGGUCGAGAGUAUGAACAUCUUCGAGACCAUCGUCAACAACAAGCUCUUCCUGAACGUGUCCAUCAUCCUCUUCCUCAACAAGACGGACUUGCUGGUGGAAAAGAUUCGCACGGCCGACAUUCGCAAGAACUUUCCUGAGUUCAGAGGAGACCCUCGCAGGCUAGAGGACGUACAGGCGUUCCUGGUGCAGUUGUUUAGUCGUAAGAGGAGAAACCGAGGGAAACCGCUUUUCCAUCACUUCACCACUGCGGUAGACACAGAAAACAUCCGCUUUGUCUUCCACGCCGUGAAGGACACCAUCCUGCAGGAAAACCUCAAAGAUAUAAUGCUGCAGUGACCUUCACGUCAUAGACGAUGGCCUCUCUGACUGUUAACUGUGAAACCAGCCGUGAAUCCAGGCCUGGAGGACUUCUGAGAAGGUCUCCUUUGAUCUGAAGCAACACUGACCUGUGGAACCAUCACUUGACCCACGCAGAGUGGAUCUUAGUGACCUCUGAACCUGUGGAGCCCUGAAGCAACUCUGGACGUUUUGGCCCCUGUGGAAUCUCUAUGUUUAACCUGUAUAAAUGUGUGAAUGCUGUAAAAAAAAAAAAGAAAAAGAAAAAAAGACAGUGGGCUUCUCCUUGCACAGGUUCCAAGAUGUGUAAAAAAUGUAGAAGAAAGCACCAACUACAUGACAUGAGCACUGAACGUUGUUUUUCUCUUCUGUAUAUAAGACUCAUGACAACAUGUCACUAAACCCAGUCAGACUGCUGCCUGUUGAAAUGUAGCUCGAGCUGUGUGAAGACGCCGCGGGAGGGGAAAGAAGCGCAAAGAAAGAAAACGAGGAGGAAAAACACGAGGUUUGGAGCUGAAAAAUACUGUCUUAAAGUACACCUGACAGAGGGAAGGGGGUUUGGGGUCCAUGCUGGUCAUAUGCUGUGUUAUGUGAAAAGGUUGCACAAGUGUUCCUGUCAAUGAACUUCAGCAGAGGAGUGAGACUGAGCUGCGCUACACCGCUCGUCCUCUCCUGCCCCGUCUUUUCUUUCCUCGUCUUGUGUUAAUUCUCUUGUUCCCGCCAUUGUUCGAGAGAUCAACAGCUGCAGAUAACAAGUCUUAUUCUUCUAAUCCCACUCCUUCUCGGCACAAUAGACACAUUGUUCUUCUCCUCAGAAGUAGACGGUCAAAUUAGAGGCUCAUCUAAGCUCUGAAAAGUGCACGCAGCUCCUGGUUUCGUAUGAAUCCAUACACCUUUCCCGAGCUUUUCUCUCCCUUCUGUGAUUUCCAUAGCAUCCCAGUAGAUGCACCACAAUAGCCUAGACUUGACCUGAGGCAGUAUAAAAUGAAAUAUAGUAAAAAGUAUUUUAAAAAAUCUACAAAAAAGCUUUGGCUUCUGGUUACACUGCUUGUUCCUGUUCCCUUUGUCCCGUAAACGUGCCGGGAACAGCAGAAAAUGAAGAGAUUGAACUGCAGAUGACCUUAUCCCCGUGUUUCUUGUAGCCAUUUUGGACUUGUAGCAGUCGGGGUGGGAAGCCUUCCUAGCAAAAACACUGAGACAAUGACAAGUGACUUACACAAGCCAGACUUUUUUUAAAAAAAGAAACAAAAAAUCAUCACAGGGAAGCGAGUUUAAACACGUUCUGGUGACUGGCGAGUCUGUGAUUUCCUAAUGAGUUCCUAGAAAGUAUCCUGAACAAAGUAGUUGGCCGUGUAAGGAAAACAGGAAGCUGCCAGAAAGAAGUGCUGCCUUCAAAUCCAAAUAUUUGAUUACUGUCAGAAAUACAAGUUCAGUGAUAAGCGACGGCUAGAGAUCAUUUAUUUAAAUGUCUGCUGCAUUGAAAACAAGAAGAAAAAAACUCGGAUUUAAAUUUUUAAAAAUACAACAUACUUCAAUUUUGCAAUCAAAACAAUUUCACUAAAGAUGUUCCAAUAUUUUCAAAAAGCUUUGGUCAAUGCUGCGUAUAUGAAAGGGAAAGAACGGCUCAAGGUAACAAAUUCACAGAUCAUCAUCUGAAAACCCUCGGGUGUGUCCAGCGUAAGUCUGAUCUAAGACUUCCUGUUCCAUUGAUUGCCGAUUGUUUAUGAAUGCAGUUUUUUUUAAAUCAGGUGAUGGCAGAUGUUUUUUUCCAAAUUGCACAUCGGCAAAUGUGUUCCUCUUGUUCAUCUGUCAGACGUUCUUGACUGCAAAUGGAAACCAGAGCAUUUUUGGUGCCUGUUGACCUUCAGACAAUUUCUAUGCAUAUAUAUACAAAUAUGUGUAUCGCCGUGCUCCUCUAAAGUUCCCUCCAGCUUUAUAUGAAGUUUCAUAGUGUCCUUGAGCUCAUUGUUUUGGUUUUAGAGUCUCCAACGUUACUUGUUUGGUUCACUCUCACCACUCAUGGCCUUGUUUCCAUCCCAAAAAAGUCCUAAAAACCAACCACACUACACUUCUUUCCGAACGCUAAACUGCAGCCGGACAAAAAUAGCAGCCAGCCUGUGAACAUAGUGGACUAUUUAGCAGCUGAAAUGUCAGAUAUUUGUUCAGCAGGAGGUGCACAGCGAAAACCGAAAAAGCCACAAGAGAGUUUAUAUUACCCAGUCCAUCAAGAUGUCUUGAUUUGAUUGAUUUGAAUGUAAUGACUGGAUUUUUUUUUCUGCAUUGGGUUAAUCUGAUAACUGCAGAAAUAUUUCGUUCAGUGCAAGUUUUUCCAGUGUCAGACAUGUAAUGCAGGUAUAAAGGUGAAAUUAUAAGUCAAGUAACCAGCAGGUUAACUAUGAAUGCAACCAGUCACAAUCUGUCCUGUUACGUAGCUUAUCUGCAGUUUUAACAAACGUUAUGCACUGAUUUCUGAUGGUGGUUAAACUGCUCACAGGAGCAUCCCUCAUACUUUGUACAUUUUUAAAAACUACUUUUUUCCCUCCAUUCAAGUGAGGUUAAGUGAAAACCCCUGAUUUGCAUUUCGGUAUGCAGCAGUUGGACACAGCCGGGCUGCUCUUCCCACCCCGAGUAAUAAGUCUGCAUUGCCUCGAAGGCAAAUGAGUCAAACCGGGAACGUUCCCACUCUCGCCUCGUUCUGAUACUGUAUUAAAAAUGUGUUUGUGUGGAUAAAUCCUGUACAUUAAUUACUGUAAGUAUGUGACUGAUACUGUGUGCACAUCCUAAAAUACAAGCGGCACUCUGUCUAACGGUAUCACUGUAACUAUAACUGCUCUGUUGGUGUUGUUAGCUAACCUACCUUGUUUUCCUCUCACGCUUAACUUUUUUUUUUUUUUGUCGUUUUGUUUAAUUUUGUAAUUGUCGUCAUUGCACUGGAUGUGUCCGAGAGAAAAUGAGCAGAAAGGAAAACGCCUGGGGAAGAAAAAGGCAAUGAAACAAACAAACAGAUGCAGACGCUGAAAGGCGAACAGGAUGAAGGUCGGGAGGGUUGGUGGGGGGGAUGAAAAGAGGGAGGUCUUCUGCCUUUGUUUUUUUGUUUUCCAGUGCCUUGGCUCUGUGCUCUGUGGUGAAAUACACUGCCGUUUGCUGA